AUGGACCUGUCGAGUUAUCACGACCCAGUGAAGGACUUAAAAAGCCAGAUCAACAAAGCGACUGCCAUAUCGGGCUGCUUAAGACAGACAAUAUGGGCUAACGAAUACAUGCGAAAGGAUAGCAAGGUUAGGAUCUAUAAAACUUGUAUCAAACCAAUCAUGACAUACGGAAUAGAAACCAGAGAGGAAACCAAUAAAACGAAAAGCAUGCUUCGGGUAGCCGAAAUGAAAAUGCUCAGGACUAAAGUGGGAAAAACAAGAGUAAAACGAAUCAGGUUCACUGACAUCAGGGAACAAUGUGGGGUGCGAGACAUCGUAAGAUGGGGGAGACAAAGAAAAAUAUACUGGUACGUUAGAAGAAUGGAAGAGAGUAGACUGCCACGCAUCGUACUUAAAGGGAAACCAAUAGGGAAAAGGGAACCUGGACGACCACCUAAGAGAUGGAUGGAUAGCUGGCAGUUCACCUCCCAGGCAUUGAUAUAG